AAACUACACUGUUUUCAAAAAAGAACGAAUGAUAUUCCUAUUUCUAUACAAUUUUAUAAGAACAGGUGAUGCAAUGAUAUGUAAUGACGUGAACACCAAUGGUUUCACGGACAGUAAUAUAAUGGCUGGAAUGUAUACGCCCAACAAGGAAGCGCUGAACUGUCGAUCGACCGGGCAGUUCGAUAAACUGCCCUCCAACAUACCAUUCAUUAAUACAGGCGGUACACAAGAAUCGUACACGCCCACCAGCUACGUACAAGUUGGACAACCUGUGUACACCGGAGCAGCAAGCGCAACGUAUACACCUCAGCCAGCACAGUAUAGUUACCCACAGACGAACAGCUCAUAUCAACUUUCUUCGGUACCGCAGGCACAAAUGCCCCUGAACAGUCCGCUAAACGUGAAUGCCCUGCAGCCAAUCAACGAUAAAAAGUUUGCAAAUCCAUGUGAUAACACGGAUGAUGAAGACAUGUUUAAAGAAUGUAUAAAGAAGGCUUUAAAAUCGCUGCGCUCUAUCAUAAACAACUGCAAAAAAACAUUGGGUAAUGUCGAGGUCUGCUGCAUCGAUGACAAAUGCCUGGAAUCACUAAAAGGUAUACCGUUCGGUAAGGAUGCAUGUGAGGUGCGCAAAGAAAGAAUGUGCAGAGAUGAGUGUAGCAGCAAUAGCAUAUAUGGAACCAGCAAGGACAGUUGCAAUAAACGCAAGGAUGACUGUGAUAUGCAUAGGGAUGACUGCGAUAUGCACACAGAUAAAUGUGAUGAUGAGGGAAAUGAAGGUAGGAGAAAGCAUAGAAAAGGCAAAAGCCGGAAGAGAAACAAACGUAAGGGACAUAAAAAUGACAGAGAAGGUGAUGAGGAUGAUAGCGAAGUCUCAGACAGCGACGAAGACGAGUAUAAGAGCAAGAAUAGAAAAAAAAACGAGAGGGACAAGAAAAAAGAAAAAGAAAGAAAGAAAAAGAAGACAAGGAGAGAAAGGAAAAAAUUGACAAGAACAUUGCCAUUUUAAAUGAUUUUAUAAAUUAUUUACAGAUGAAAACACAAGAACUGAAGGAGUCGGACGAAAAGAAAAAUCAAGCAACUGCAAAAAAUCAGCAAAAUAACACCCCUACGGGUACAUACAACGCCAAUCCUGGCGAUCAGAAAGAACUGGUGGGAAAGGACGCGGUGUGUAUAGAUUUAUGUUGAUUCAAUAGUUGGUACUAUAGUGCUAUAUUACACGACUGUUACACGUUUUAAUAGAUUAAUCGUUGACCGAUCCUCUAUUCACAAUUAAUUAGGAUAUAUGAACUCUGUGUUUAUGUAUAGAUUGGGAGUUUAGCAAUUUAUCACAAAUCCAAUAAAUUAAAUGAGCUUAUUUAGAA